AUGUCAACUAUCAAAGGCGUUCUUAUUGAUUUGAGUGGCACGAUUCAUAUCGACAAAAAGGUUAUUCCCGGCGCAAUUGAAGCCAUUCAACGCCUCCAAGCUAGCAAAAUACCUUUUAGAUUCGCAACUAAUACUACGAAAGUGUCAUCAAAGCAGCUGGUGGAUAAACUCACUACUUUGGGCUUUGAUGUUGAGGAGAGAGAUGUGUUUACUUCCUUAUCAGCAUGCCGCGAUAUGAUUAAAUCAAAGCAAUUGAGGCCCUUCUUGAUUAUGGAGGAUGCUGCUAUGGAAGAGUUUAAGGACAUAGAUGUAGCUGAUCCCAAUGCUGUUGUGGUUGGUUUGGCUCCAUCGAAAUUCAACUAUGAGAAGUUGAAUGAGGCAUUUCGUUUGUUGUCUUCCAAUCCUGGCACUGAAUUGAUUGCUGUUCACAAGGCGAGAUACUUUGCUGAUAAAGAUGAGAAGUUGUCAAUGGGCCCUGGCGGAUUUGUUCAAGCUCUUGAAUAUGCAUCAGGUGUUACAGCUAGUAUCGUGGGCAAGCCCACCACUAAUUUCUUCAGGCUGGCUCUCCAGCAAAUCAACAUGGAAAGUACACCCGGGCAGGUUGCCAUCAUCGGUGAUGAUGUCUCCAAUGAUCUAGGGGGCGGUGCAAAGGAAUUGGGCUUGCAUCGAUUUCUAGUUCAAACAGGAAAAUAUCGCCCAGAAGACAGCAACCAAGAUACUGAUUUACACGUAUUCAAAUCAGUUGUCGAAGCCAUUGACCAUAUCAUUGCUCAGUAUAAUAAGGCCUAA